AUGCUUGGAACUGAUACUUAUCACAUUGUAAUCGAACUAAAGAAUAACAAUUCGGGUAUAGAAAAUAGCACAGACGGUUCAAACGAUUAUAGAACUUCGCAGAUAAAGGUAACUGAUUUAGUAGACCCAUCCAAGAUUAAUAAAAUGGUUCAGGAUCUGGAGCCAUUAAAGGCCAGUUACAUUGGCGAAGGUAUCAUAAGAUUGUAUAGGGAAUUCGAAUUGGUAGAGGAAUCGCCAGAGUUGAACUCUCACCUGCAAUUGAUAUCCGGAGAUGAUUCAAUGGUUUGCAUAGUAGCAGUUCCGACUUACUUCACUGCCACUGAUUUACUUGGAUUCAUUGGUAAGCUGAAUAUUGAGAGUAUUACUCAUAUCAGGAUUAUGAAGAGCGAAAAGCCUAAUAGAUUUCUUGUAUUGAUAAAGUUUGCAGAUGUUCUUAAGGCUGCCGAAUUCCAGCACUCGUUCAAUGGGAAAGCGUUCAACUCAAUGGAACCAGAAACAUGCCAUGCCUUGUUUGUACGAACUAUCAGCGUAGAUAACGGGAAUUACUCUGAGGAAGAAGAGGAUGAGGAUGAUGAUGAUGAUGAUGACCUAUAUGGUUUGAAGGAAGAUAAAUCUUCAGCAUUGAUUCCGUUUUUGUUGAAUGAUCCCUUUACUUCUACGGCAAGAGAAAAGCAGAAGAUACAAGACGAUAUUGAGUCGGAAAAAAUAGUUGAAUUGCCAACCUGUCCCGUGUGUCUUGAGCGUAUGGACUCUUCUGUUACAGGGUUAUUGACUAUUCCAUGCCAACAUACGUUCCAUUGCCAGUGUCUUUCAAAAUGGAAAGAUGACUCAUGUCCAAUUUGUCGUUACUCCAUAAACGUUUCAAAUCAAAAAAUACGGCGUAGUGUGAGAAGAUUACUGGAAUUUAGAAGAUCCUCUUCCAUUAGUAGUCAACCAGCUUUCACUGUUGUCCCCUCGGGUAGUAAUGCACCUGCCACUGGGAGUGGCAGCGGAGUCCCUAGCUCUGGCGACGAACAUUGUUCUCAAUGUCUGGUGACUGAAAACCUAUGGAUUUGUUUAGUUUGUGGUAAUUUGGGGUGUGAUAGAUACGCCCCUGAACAACAUUCCCUUAAGCAUUUUAUUGCUACGGGGCAUUGUUUCGCUAUGGAGCUAGAAACUUCCAGAGUAUGGGAUUACGUGGGUGACAAUUACGUCCAUAGACUUAUUGCAAAUGAAUCUGAUGGAAAAUUGGUGGAAUUACCUGAGAAGACAAAUACGAACUAUUCUUCGAGUAGUGGUACUAAUAAUAAUAGCUUAGGUGGUAUAUUUGAGGGAUUUGGCAGCAGUACGAAUGGUCCUCUGAAUAUAUUGAAUCCGAAAAUAUCUCACUAUAAUGAUAAUAAAGAAAACCACAGUGGAGACGGAAAUUUUGACAAAGUGGAUGAGGUUGGCUUUGAAUAUUCUCAACUACUUAUCAGUCAACUUGCUAGUCAAAGAGAAUACUACGAAGAUCUAUUGAAAAAUGGUGCUCCAACUUACCUGAAGAUACCACUUUUGGAGACAAAAUUUGAAGAACUUAGUGACAAAUUCAAUACACUUACAACAACAGUAAUACCAAAGCUCGAAGCUAAAGUUAAGCUUAAAGACGAAAAAAUUGCCAAACUUUCGAGAGAGGUCAUUGAUUCAAAAUCACUCAAUGAGGGUCUUUCUGCUAAAGUUGACUUUUUAACUGAGUCAAGCCAAACUUUAAAGACCGAAAACGAAGAUCUCACUGAACAGGUCAAAGAUUUGAUGUUCUUUUUGGAAACUCAAGAAAAGUUUAAAGAUAAACCCGAUGAAGAAAAGGAAGGUCAAGUGAUUAUGCAUAAACCCUCAAGUAGCUCCAAAUCUAGGCGCAAAAAGAAAUAA